CUCCCUCAUCCCUAUCAUCAAGCUCGACCAAGACCUCAAGAAAGGAAGAGGAAAAGCUCUCAAAACCACCUCCAUUGUUUCAGCACGAACUCAAUAAAGAUUGGUCCAAAAAGGAAGAUUAAAGAGAGAAAAAGUUGGGAAAAGUGUGAAUAAUUAAGGUAAUGACCUUAUUAUAACUUUCCCUCUAUUUUUCCUUGACAAUAUAGGAUAUAUAUCACAUGAAGGACACUUAGUAUGGUUCCACAUGUUAUAAGUAUGGAUUUAUGGGUUGGAAGAUGGUUCUAUGUCCAAAAACGGACUUAGAAGCCAAAACGACCGGUUCACCGGAAAAUAACCUUUUAGAGGUUAUUGGUAUUAAUAUGAGUUUUAUGAUUAUAAAACCUUGUUAGACACUUGUAAAGGGUAUUUCAAGUGAUUUCACAAAGUUGGAAAAGUCGCCGGAGUUGUCGCCGGAAUUGACCAAAAGUCGCCGGAGUUUCACCGGAGUUCAACCAAGAAGGGUAGAACUUCAUAACGCUAGUUCAAGGUUGAAGCUAGGGCUUGCUACUUGCACCUCCUCACGGGUGAUAUCAUAUCGGGAAGACGUGGUUCGUGCUUUCCUUAUUUUCUUUCAAACUACCGAACACUUGCUCAUGGAUAUUUGUUUUACUAUAAACUAUUUUUGGGGCUUGCAUGCCCAUGUUGUUGGCCGGUUGUGGCUCAUGACUUACCGUUGAAUAUUUCCGCUAUUCAUUGGUUUAAAUGUGAUGUUGUUAUGUAUGUUUACUACUGAGUAUGGAUGGAUUGUUUUCUAGAACGCCUUGUGUAAUUAAGUGAGGUUGACUCGUGGGUGACGUCACUUGAUUAAACGGCGGUUGUACACGCGCUUGGAUUGCGGUCUGGGGCGUGACAAUUAAGUGGUAUCAGAGCCAUCUCAGUUCUAAACUAUAUAAUCAACCUCUCACAAAAGAUUUUACAAAAGAGUUUUACCGAAAACCAUGAGCAUUGUAUUUUGACGUUUAUAGGACUAUUGGUGCUUGAGUUGCAAGGCCUCUAACUGUUAAGACGGUACCCUUAACAAUUGGUAUGGUGGUGACUUGGGCCAAUACGUGUCUAUAACGUUCUUCCGUCAAUUGACAUUUAUAGGAGUCUAAUGACUCAUCCAUAUUUCUUUCAGAAAUGGAGGGCAGGCGAAUGGCAACCAGGAACAAUCCGAGGGGGCAGGCGCCGGUAGCAUCCCAAAGGGGAAGUCGGGCUGCAUCUCGGGGUUCAAGAGGAGGCCGUGGAGGCCGUGGAGGUCAUAGGGCUCAGACUGUGAGCGACGGCCAUGUUAGUUCAGUGUAUGAAACCAACACCGAAGACUACGACUCUACAUAUGUUCCGGAAACGGAGCAUGAGGAGACCCCAUAUGAUGGGGGUGACACGUACACUGACGAUGAUGAUGAAGAGAGUGAUGCCAAGUUCGCCCAAAUGGGCGAAUUACUCGAGUGGUAUCAAAAAGAGAAACUGAGGAGAGACCUUAGGCGCCAAGCAAGGCGUGGCUCUCGUGGUGGUUCGGGUCAAGGAAGCCGGGGGAGCUUCAAGGGCCACUCCCGUGGCGUCACAUGACGGGCGUGAAGGAGGUUUUUGUGUGAGAAUCUCCAAGUACCUCAAGGAGGCUAGGGCCUUGGGGUGUAAGUCCUUUGACGGCUGAUAUUCGUGUAAUUUCUGAUUGUAUGUUUGUAUUUUUAACUAGUUUUUAUUAGUUCUAGUUGUGGAAAUUACACACUUUUGGUGUAAUAUUUUAUUUUCAUUUUUAUUUGUAAUUUGUUUAGAUUAGGAUUAUUUUGAGCUAAACAG